AAAUGAAAGUGCUUUGGAUAACAGUGAUACUAGCUUUAAGUCAAUACGAAGCUCACGCACAACAACAACAACAACAGCAGCAACCACAAUGCUGCGAAGAAUACUGCUUUGGAACUGAUAAAGAUCGGCCUCAAACUCUUCGCUUUACCUCAAAAACUGCUUAUUUAUUGGCCAAAGGCAAGGAUGUAGAACGAAAUAUACUUCCAAAUUGCUCGCCAACAAAAAUUUGGACCCUAAGCAGACAUGGAACAAGGUUACCAUCAGCUAAAACGAUAGAAAAAGCAGGUCAUCUUGAAGAGAUUCGGAGUAAAAUUGUAAACAAUUAUAAAGUUCUUAAAACAAAACCAGACACUGGUGCCUUAUGUAUGGAAGAUUUGUUCUCCAUACAAACAUGGAAAUUCAAUUCAAGUAUCACCCCGGAAAAGGAGAAUAUGUUGACAUCUCAGGGUUGGGAAGACUUGAAAUCAUUGGCAAAAACCUACCAACGUCAAUAUCCAAGCAUUCUUACCAAAGAUUAUAGAUCUGAAAACUUUUUGUUCCGUCACACUGAAAUCCAAAGGACAGAAGAAAGUUUCAAGGCUUAUGCUGAGGGUCUCUUUGGGCCAAAUGUUUGGCAAAACAUCCAUGUUUCGAGACCAGUCAAUGGUACCGAUACGUUACUACGACCCUAUGACUAUUGCCCCAAAUGGGAGGAAAACAACAGCCAAAAGGAGGGCACUGAAUUUGAGAACUUCAAAAACUCAGCUCUAAUGACUAAAACAAUUGCAGAUAUUUCAACUAGGCUGGGAUUCUUGUACUCUUUGGAGUUUAAGGACAUUGAAUUGAUGUGGGACAUGUGUCGAUACGAACAAGCCUGGAAUGUCGACCGUGUCAGUGCAUGGUGUGGGGCCUUUACUCGAGCACAACUUAAAGUUCUAGAAUACUACGAUGAUUUGAGAUACUACAAGAAAUCAGGAUACGGAAGUGAAAUCAACUCAAAAUUGCCAUGUGAAGUGAUUAAGGACAUGCUCUUCCAUCUCAAUAGCAAAACUAAGCCCAACGCCGUUACAUACUUUGCCCAUUCAACUGUAAUUCAGGCAAUGGUCACAGCUCUGGGUUGGUACAAGGAUGAGGAAGCACCAACAUCAAGCAAUUACGAAAGCAUGGAAAAUCGCCAAUGGAGAAUCAGUAAAAUUGAUCCAUUUGCCUCAAAUUUGGUUGCAGUUAAAUAUGAUUGUCCUGCAGAUAGCGUUGAUACUGAAAAAGUUCUCUUCCUUCUUAACCAGAACACAGUUAGCUUAAAUUGGUGCAGUGUCGGAUUGUGUGAUUGGUCGGCGGUCAUGAAACACUACAACGAUUUCUACAACGGAAAUUGUGCAGAAAUGUUUUGCCAAUCAGGUGCUUCAAGUAUAUCAUCCCUAUUAUCGCUAUCGUCCCUCCUAGUCGCUGCCAUAGUUUACUUAAUUUAUUGAAAAAAUACUUAUGUAAUUUUUUUUAAGAUCUUUAUUUUUUACGUCAUGCCAAAUCAAAGUUCUAGUUUUUGGACGGACACUAUACAGAAAUAGCGGUGAAUGAAGUUAUUUUUUAUUUUGUUUUUUAAAAAUGUUUAUGACUGCUUUCAACAAUAGAAUAUUAAACUAAUAUUUUGAGUACCUACAAUCAAAAAUAAGAAAACAAAACCAAACAAACAAACAAAACUUGAAACAAAAUAGUUUAUUUUUUACAAAACAAUGACAACCAAAAAAAAAACAAUCUUUACUAAAAAUAUUAAAGUUAAAGCUUUUUACUAUUGUAACGAAAAGAAAUAAAAUGCACUUUUUUAUUUUAAGAAAACAUAAAAUAUA